UAUUCAUUAUAUAUUCUUUAUGUAUAUAGUAAGAGAAGUUGAUAAACUGAUACUAAAAAUCAUGGCUAACAAAACUAUCAAAACAUUCUUUGGACUUCAGCUAAAAGUUAUAGGCAUUCGAAAACAAUGUACAAUGCCAGUCAGAUAUCUUUCCAAUAUCAAGGCUGCAGAUUUAGUCGUAAAUACAACAAAUUCACCUAAACCAAAACCAAAUGUGGACCCAAAUGAGCUUGUGUUUGGACAACAUAUGGCUGAUCACAUGUUGCUUAUUGAAUGGAGUUCAAAAACUGGUUGGAAGAGACCAAAUAUCUUACCAUUUGGAUCUAUUCCCAUACAACCAAGUGCUUCGGUUCUUCACUAUGGAUUAGAGGUGUUUGAGGGAUUAAAAGCUUAUCGUUUCGAUGAUGGUACAGUCUCAAUGUUUCGACCUGAUCAAAAUAUGCAACGAUUAUAUAACUCUGCUAAAAGACUCAGUUUACCGACAUUUGACAGAGAUGAACUCUUAAAAUGUGUUUCUGAGCUCAUCAGUAUUGACCAAGAUUGGAUCCCUGAUGCAGAUAAUUGUUCUUUAUAUGUUCGACCAACAAUGAUUGCAACUGAGCCUUCACUUGGUGUCAAACCUCCAGAUAGUGCCAUGUUAUUUGUUAUCACAGGACCUGUAGGACCAUACUUUUCCACAGGAACCUUCCAAGCUGUUUCAUUGUUAGCCGAUGCAAGUUUCGUUCGAGCAUGGCCUGGUGGUAUUGGUGAUUGCAAAGCAGGAGGGAAUUAUGGGCCUACAAUCUAUGCGCUGAAACUUGCUCAGUCCAAAGGUUGUUCUCAAUGUUUAUGGCUAUACAAAAACCAGGUUACAGAGGUUGGAACAAUGAAUUUCUUUAUGUAUUGGAUCAAUGAUGCUGGCGAGGAAGAACUUAUCACACCACCUUUAAAUGGAUUGAUUUUACCUGGUAUAACACGAAAGUCAUUGUUGGAACUGGCUAGAGAAUGGGAUGAGUUUAAAGUUACUGAAAAAUCAUUUACCAUUCAAGAUCUUGCAAAGGCUGCAGAAGAAGGACGAGUAAAAGAAAUAUUUGGUGCAGGUACUGCAUGUGUUGUCUGCCCUAUCGAUAAAAUCCUCUAUGAAGAUAAGUAUAUCAACAUUGAAGCUGCUCAUACAAUAGGGUUCCCUGUUGCCAAACGUUUCUAUGAUGAACUCACUGAUAUACAAUAUGGACGAAAACAUCAUGCUUGGAACUAUCAUGUGGCAAAACAGAAUAUGAAGAAAGUUGACCCCCAAACCUUUCAAUAACCAAAGUUUAAUUCACUUUCCAUUGUUUUGAUCCUUUUUUAAAAAAUGUUAAGGCACCAAAUCCUUAGAACGAAUCCCCCUUUUUAUUUCUAAGAUUGACUUGCAAAUAGUGAAAUGUACGGUAAACAUCCAAUCGAUCAAUAAACUUUACUACAUCCUUCCCAUGUUAAGAAAAAAAUGUUCAAAUCUAACCUGGGUAGAGUCAGUAUAGAGGACAUACAUUUACACUUCACAAUAUAACAUGUUGUAUGCCACAACUUUUAUGUAACCCCUCUCUCCAUCAACGUACACCUUUUCAUUCCCAUCUUUUAGUUUAUCAUUAGAUAUUAUUAUUUAAAUAAAUAAAUAGAUAUAUAUAUUUCUUUUUAACAGAAAAUGAUAAAAUGAAAGCCUUAAAAACUAAGAAGACACAUCAGAUAUUCAGAAAAUGCAUUGAUAAUUAAAUUGCCAAGUGGUUUAAAAGAGCUUUAACGAGUUUUUAUUUCCCUCAACAAAUUAAUUUUUUUUUUAAUAAUAUACAACAAAAAAUGCUAUUUAAAGUACAGUAAUGAUUUUUAUGAACAUACAUACAUAUUUAAACAUACAUAUUUCUAUGUUUUCAAGUGAUCUUUAUCUGAUGACUCUGUGUCACCAAGGUUACUACAUUCUUUUCAUUACAAUAUUUGAAAAUAUGAGAUUUAUGUGGUUAAAGGUAGAACUUAAAAAGAAUUCCUUUUGUAUUGUUUAAUCCUUUGAUUUUUAACUUGUUACCAACCUUACAAUAAAAAUUUACAGGAAAAAUGAUAUAUUUUGAGUGAGCCUUUCUAAUUUAUGUCAGCACUCAGCAAUUGCUGAUUUAAAUGCCAAUAUGCUAACCUAAAUUAUUUAUUCACAUUGGCAUAUUUUUGUUUUUAAUUUUGAUGUAAAUAUAAACUAGAAAAGUCUGAUUUCAUCGUCCGGCUAGAAGCAUGCAAUCACAAAACAAAACGAGGUUCAAGUUUCCCAAUGUGUAGUCAUUUCAGGUUGGCAAUUUUCUGGCGAUUGGAGAUAAAUUAAAUUAGAAUGGCUGAGAGUAACAAAAAAGGUGCCAGUUAACUAUAAAAAUCUUCCUGAACAAUUUCACAUACAUAUAACAUUUGUUAUUAUGUUAUUAAAACUUCAUUUAUUGUUAAGAAAGGUUAUUUAUUAUAUAAAACAAGAUGUAAAGUUUAUACUUCUAUUCUAUUUGUUGGUUAAUAUGGUAAGGUUGUACAUGUUUCUUAGUUGUUAUUUAUCUUAAUUUGAUAUUAAAUGGUGCACUGUGUCAGCAAUUUUAUUGGUUUUUACAACAGAAUUCACGAAAGAAAGUAUUUCAAUUUUGUGAAGGGAAUUAAACGUUCUUGGUCCUUAGAAAAACGCAUCUAAUAUCAGAGUGUCUCUAAUUUUAUUUGCUGUGUAAGUGAAAAUGUUUGCAUAAAUUUUUUGUAUUCCCUUGGCGUGAAAAAUUUUUUUAAUUUUAAUUUUUAUUUAAAUUCACUCUUCACACACUCAUUCACAUUCGAGAGUUUUGUGGUGAUUAUGAUUUCAUUCUUAAUCUUAUUCUUGCACCAUUUUUAAUAUUUAUUUGUUUAUCACAUUACACGAAAAUUUGCAUAUGUCUAUUCCAACGUAGUGGAAAUUUAUUUAAAUGGUUUCAAUUUAACGUGCGUGAUUUAAUUUGAACAAAACUGAUAGUAUGUACUUUAAGAGUACAUUGAAGAGAAAGAACAUAUGGUAUUAUUAUCGAAUUACUUAUACAACUUUGCCAUGCUUUGUAAUUUUGCUAUGCUUGUUUUAUAUUCUAGAGUUUUAAAGUAUAAACAAAAAAUAAAAUAAAACA